CUAUUGGUGAAUUAGAAUGUCACAUGUCCAAUUUCAUCCAAGUUCAUAAAACAAUUUCAGCAGCAGGGGCACUGCCAAACGGGCUCGAAAUAGUAGCACAAAGCAGGGUGAAGCUAGACCGUAGGUGGCGGUCAUGGGAUGGGCUAUCGCUUUGCAUGGUGGCGCCGGCGACAUUCCCCGUAAUCUACCUCCAGAACGCCGUCAGCCAAGAGUGGCCGGCCUCCAACGCUGCUUAGAGAUCGGAGUCGACGCCAUCAAGGCCAACAAAUCCCCAUUGGAUGUGGUUGAACUCGUGGUUCGUGAACUGGAAAAUAUUCCGUGCUUUAAUGCCGGAAGAGGGUCGGUCUUGACCAACAGUGGGACUGUAGAAAUGGAAGCUUGCAUCAUGGACGGAAAUACAAAGAGGUGUGGUGCUGUUUCUGGUCUCACCACAGUUGUUAAUGCUGUAUCUUUAGCAAGGCUUGUAAUGGAGAAGACUCCCCAUAUAUAUCUUGCUUUUGAGGGGGCUGAGACAUUUGCAAGGGAACAGGGUGUUGAAACUUUGGAUACUAGCAAUUUCAUCACUCCAGAGAAUAUUGAGAGGCUGAAGCAAGCUAAAGAAGCAAAUCGAGUUCAGAUCGAUUAUACUGCACCAUUGCCAAGAGUUGAGAAGGGUGAAACAAUUCCUAUCGGGGAUAGCCAGAUUGGGACUGUUGGAUGUGUAGUUGUUGACGGUAAUGGAUGUUUGGCUGCUGCGACUUCUACUGGAGGAUUAGUGAACAAGAUGGUUGGAAGGAUUGGUGACACACCCAUCAUAGGUGCUGGCACAUACGCCAACCAGUUCUGUGCAGUAUCUGCGACCGGUAAAGGUGAAUCUAUUAUCCGUGCCACUGUGGCAAGAGAUGUGGCCGCCCUCAUGGAGUUCAAAGGGAUUUCUGUCAACGAGGCGGCUGAUUACGUCAUAAACCAGUGUACUCCAAAAGGAACUGCUGGUCUUAUUGCGGUUUCUGCCACAGGAGAGGUCACCAUGCCAUUUAAUACAACCGGUAUGUUCAGAGCUUGUGCCACUGAAGAUGGUCAUAGUGAAAUUGAAAUCUGGUAAUCUUUGAUUCGUAGUAAACCGUGGUCCCCCCACACAUUCGUUAAUUCAUAUUGUUCAUAUCUUUUAUUUAUUUUGUUCUUUGAGAGGGAGUUGUGGCUCUAUGGAGCUUAUGUUCCCCCCUUAAUAAGCGUUUGACAGAAACCCUAUUUUUUUUAGAUAUUUUAAUUGGGGCAAUGUUAAACAAUCAGAUACGUGACAUUAGAAACGCUUGCAAUUUAUGUUGACUUGCACACUUGCACUCUGUCUUGCUACUUAUCUUUUUU